UCUUUGGAUAUGGGGACUAUGAUUAGUCAAGGAAUCACUACAAGAAAAGUGCUUUUCUAUAGCUUCGAGAGAUAGCCUUUUCCAAAACAAAUUAUGAAAUGAUAUGAAAAAAAAAAGAAGAGGAAAUGCAGAUUUUGGGAAAAUCAUGCGGGGCUGAUGGGGAAUGGGGAAAAUUUGAAAAGGUCAUCCCCGCUUUCUCUUUUACAUUCUCUUUCCCAAGUGAGAGUGUCUCACUUUUCUCCACCUUCCACUCCAACAACUCUAAUUUUCACUUCCUUAACUCCAACAAUCAGGGUUCCUCAUUGAUGGAGCAUAUUUACAUUUUCGAGUGCAUUUCUCUAUUUCUCAAAAUUAUUCAACAUUCAAAGUUAAUUAUUCGAGAUGCUUCACGAUCUUCAGGAACUCAAGUAACAAGCAGAUCUGAUAAGAUAGGAAUUGGGCAAUCUAAUUUGCGAGAUGGAUUUGUCACGGAUACAUAUGGGCAAGAUGGAUCUGUGAUAAUGGACGAACAGAUCUAGUGUAUUCACGAUGGGAUUUGAAAUAGAUGGAUUGGGCGAGAUGGGAUAGUUGAGAUUCAAAUUUGGAAUCUUCUAAUAUGAAAGAUAGAGAUGCUAUACUGGGCUAGAGGCGCGGUGGCAUGAGAUGGUAGGCAACGAUCUUUGUUCAAAUUUCUUCAUGGCUCUAUUUUGGAAGCAUAUAUUGAUUUUCUAUUCAAAUUUUUUGGGGAUUUUUGUUGCCUCAGUUUA